ACCCUGUGAGGCCACAGCGAAAAGAUGGCCACCUUGAGAGCAGCCCCCACCAGAUACUGCAGUUCCUCUGGACACCAGUCAUAGACUCCAGCCUCCAGAACUGGAAGACAUAUACAUUUCUGUACUUUCUAAGAGCAUCUUGUUACAGCAGUCCAGACAGACAGAAGGUGUAGAGGCUGGAGAAAGGAUAAGGGCAUGAAGCGGGGAGAAACUGCAGCUGCAUCAACUAUACUUGAAGUGCCUGAAGACCUGUCAUUAGAAGAGCGAGAAGAACUUUUGGACAUUCGUAGAAGAAAAAAGGAACUUAUUGAUGACAUUGAGAGGCUGAAAUAUGAAAUUGCAGAAGUGAUGACGGAGAUUGACAACCUGACUUCAGUGGAGGAGAGCAAAACUACUCAGAGGAACAAGCAAAUAGCCAUGGGAAGGAAGAAAUUCAACAUGGACCCCAAAAAGGGCAUUCAGUUCCUAAUUGAGAACGACCUGCUGCAGAGCUCCCCAGAGGAUGUCGCCCAGUUUCUGUACAAAGGAGAGGGCCUGAACAAGACCGUCAUUGGAGACUACCUGGGUGAGAGGGAUGACUUUAAUAUCAAAGUUCUUCAGGCUUUUGUUGAGCUGCAUGAGUUUGCUGAUCUCAACCUUGUCCAGGCCUUAAGGCAGUUCCUAUGGAGCUUCAGACUUCCUGGAGAGGCGCAGAAGAUCGACCGCAUGAUGGAGGCCUUCGCAUCCCGAUACUGCCUGUGUAACCCUGGGGUCUUCCAGUCCACAGAUACAUGCUACGUGCUCUCCUUUGCCAUCAUCAUGCUCAACACCAGCUUGCACAACCACAACGUGCGCGACAAGCCCACCGCUGAGCGCUUCAUCACCAUGAACCGAGGCAUCAACGAGGGUGGGGACCUUCCUGAGGAGCUGCUGAGGAACUUGUAUGAAAGUAUCAAGAAUGAGCCGUUUAAGAUCCCAGAAGACGACGGCAAUGACCUGACACACACAUUCUUCAACCCAGACCGAGAAGGCUGGCUGCUGAAGCUGGGGGGUCGUGUGAAGACCUGGAAACGGCGCUGGUUCAUCCUCACAGAUAACUGCCUCUACUACUUUGAGUACACCACGGACAAGGAGCCCAGGGGGAUCAUUCCCCUGGAGAACCUCAGCAUCAGGGAGGUGGAGGACCCCCGGAAGCCGAACUGCUUUGAGCUGUAUAACCCCAGUCACAAAGGUCAAGUCAUCAAGGCCUGCAAGACGGAGGCCGAUGGCCGUGUGGUAGAGGGCAACCACGUUGUGUACCGGAUCUCUGCCCCCAGCCCGGAGGAGAAGGAGGAGUGGAUGAAGUCCAUCAAAGCGAGCAUCAGUAGGGACCCGUUCUAUGACAUGUUGGCCACCAGGAAGAGGAGGAUUGCCAAUAAGAAAUAGGUACAUGUCAGGAUCCAGACUCCAGCAGCAGGACCAGGGGCGACGUGCUGCCCAUGGGUCCUCCAGAACAGCAAGCCAAGGCCUGAGCCCUCAAGCUUGUGCUCUGGGACAUUGGUCAGCUGUGAGUGUCUCCUUCCUGCCACCAUCCUGGCAUUAACCUUUGGGGACCCUUGUCCACAACAGCACCUGGUGAUACAGCCUCCAGAUCUGCACAGCCCACAUGGGACUCCUGUUCUGGAGCCAGAGCCUCAUCCACACCAUGCCACACCUGCUCUUUGGGGCAACACUAGAUGUUCUAGAAGUCGCUGUUUUAUAUCAAAAUGGGAAAGGAAAACCUACCACUUUUUUAUUCAGAAUUUUUCUCAGAUAUAUAGGAUUAUAGCUUUUAUAUGCCUUUUUAUAUUCUGAAAAUUAUAAUGAAAGAUACUUAAUUUCUAACAGUAGUAUUUUUAGAAUGGCAGCUAUAAAUUUAACUCCUGGACACAAGUAUAUACUGUGCACUGAAAACAGUCUAUAUAUGCAGCCCCCAUGCACUUGGGGCCAGAGCAGCUGGGGCGCAGUCAUCCUGACAGUGUCGGCUGAGUGAAGAGGCAUUGGGGUGAGCGUGGAGACCAGUGUGCCCCUCACAUGCUUCUCUAAGAUGAAUCAGUAAGGUACAGCUAUGGCCGGGGUAUUUAUCCUGCCAGUGCCAAGGCCUGCAGAUGGAGUUCCUUCUCUGGAAAACAGGCCACUUAUGUGCAGAGCCUCCUCCUGUCUGACCUUCAUGCAGGACAGUUUCAUGUGGUCCGACUGCACAUGGCUCAGGACUUUGGUACUUUUGUUGUUGCUUGCUGUUUCAAACUUGGUUAAGUGCUGACACAUAGUUUGAUGUAGUAAGCAAGCAGAAGCAGCCAGAAGUAAUCCACCUGUUCUCUGUUAGUGCCAUGUUUUCCAACAUUUGACAGCCUUUUGAGGAGGGGAAAAACUGAGGAUGGCACUGAGGGACACCUGUGACAUCCAGACCCCUAAGGCGCAUGCCUUCAGGGCAUAUGUGCUUGGGCUGAGACUGGGUAAGAUGAGAGGGCCCACUCUUGGCUUAUUUGGAAAAUGGUCUUCCCUGCACACCCACCUGGAGCUUGUGUUCUGAGAGCCCUUGAAAACCGCCAACCAAAUGCCCUUACAGGAGACUUUCAGUGAGCUGUCUUAAGGCUUUUUGCCUGACCUUGGUGGUAGCUGCCAUCUAAGAUGGCACAGAGGGAUGUGCAGGCCAGAGCUCCCUUGCUCGUGCACCAGACUGAUCACUUUUUGGUUUAUUCCCAAGCUUCUAGGCUUUGCUUUUACUGAUACCUCAAAUCUGAAACCCUUGCAUUUGAGCUGCCUGGCUGGUGUGUAUGCAGCCUGGCUUCCAGUCUUCCAUGAUCCCUAUCCCCUAUUCCCCACCCCAGACCUGAAUUUACUGCUGGUGGGGCACCUGUAGGGAGGUGGGAACUGGCAGCAUUUCUUCAAUCAGGACCAUGGUGAGCCGGUCGGAUGUUCAACCCAGGUGAGGCCCUGGGCAACAGAGCUCUGUGGGAUAUUGAGGUCAGGACGUUAAGCAUGAGGCUACCUAAUGUUGUCUUUGAUGCCAUAGUCAUCUUUGAGGGGACCUUGCCUGAUGGCUGUUGGUGCUAAGAAUCCUAAGUUACUGGCUCUUGGAGUAUCCACAUGGAGUCACUUAACUCAGGUUAUGUUGUGACAGUGUUAACCCCAAGGGCAUCUGCCACUCCCAGAGCUUGUAAAGGCUCAGGCACUCCUGCCCUUCACCCUUUGUCUGCACUCGUCAGUGAAGCAUUAAAGCCCUACUCUGGCCAAAGACAGUUCCCUGUCCUGCUGGGCCCUGGGCAUCAUUUCUGGGUUUCAGAAGACUUGAUGUGGUACUGCAGUGUAACGGAACCGUCUGGGGAUGUGACUUACUGUGCUUCCUGUCAUUCUGAGUUCAGAGCUACAGGUGUGCUUUGCUGACAAGUUAGGUCGUUACAGACCAGAAACCAUGUUGUGAUUUCUUUUUAUCUUAGAAAACAUUUCUAUUUACAAUAAAUAGUUACUAUGUAAAUAAUGUACAUAUGUAUUAAUUUCUUCAGUGUUAUACAAUGUACAUACUCCUACAACCUGCAUGAAGAAAUAUCCUAUUAAUGUUGAUAUCAGAAUUUCUGGCUAUUUUAUUGCAAAGCAAACAGCUAGUAAAAUGGAGGGCCUUAUGGCUGUCAGAACUAUUGCAAAUACUGUGUUCCCUAAAUAAAAACAUACUGCUAAAACCAAAACUGCCUAAGACUCAAUUCUUUAAAACAGACAUGGCUAUGAGCUUGUGGAGAACAGAGUAAAACUGAGACGGUUGUUUAAUUUGCUGCCAU